UGGUUAGUUUUGUAAAUUACUCGAUAAUACUAUUAAUUUGAGGGUUUUUGAGUUUGGGGGUUAUUUUUAUUGAAGCUUUAAAAGAGUGGUCAGUUUGACAAAUUACUUAAAACUCUUCGUCGUCGUCUUCAACGAGUGUCUCCUCUUAACCCUGUUCGACUAGCAGCAGCUGCAGUGACAAAAAUUCAAAAAUAAAUUAAUAAAAGAGAAAUGUACUCUAGUAUGGGAUACAGUAACGGCUACCAUAAUCACCAGCAACAGCAACCGCAGCAGCAACAAGAGCGAAUGGGAGGAAUCACGAGUCAAAGGGAACGAGUCCGAAGGGGCGGCCGCAGGUCACGUGACUCGCUUAGGGUUUCAGAGCAUCAGCAACAAAAUGAGCGGAAGCCAGCGACGCCUUGUACAGACUUCGAUGUUGCCUACUUCCACUCUUACGCUCACGUCGGUAUCCACGAAGAAAUGAUCAAGGAUCGUGUACGGACGGAAACUUACAGAGCAGCAAUAAUGCAGAAUCAAAGUUCUAUUGAAGGCAAAGUUGUAGUGGAUGUUGGCUGUGGAACGGGCAUCCUUUCUAUAUUUUGUGCUCAGGCUGGUGCUAAACGGGUGUAUGCAGUGGAUGCAAGUGAUAUUGCAGUGCAGGCCAAUGAAGUUGUAAAGGCAAAUAAUUUAUCUGACAAGGUCAUUGUAUUGCACGGACGAGUUGAGGAUGUUGAAAUAGAUGAAGAGGUUGAUGUUAUUAUCUCCGAGUGGAUGGGAUACAUGCUUCUAUAUGAGAGCAUGCUGGGAAGUGUCAUCACUGCCAGAGAUCGCUGGCUAAAACGUGGAGGUCUUAUUCUUCCUUCAAAUGCUACAUUGUACAUGGCACCAGUUACACACCCUGACAGAUACAAUGAAAGCAUUGAUUUUUGGCGUAAUGUUUAUGGAAUCGAUAUGUCUGCUAUGAUGCCGUUAGCUAAACAGUGUGCAUUUGAAGAGCCUAGUGUUGAGACAAUAACGGGUGAGAAUGUUUUGACAUGGCCACAUGUGGUUAAGCAUGUGGAUUGUUAUACCAUUCAAAUUCAUGAGCUAGAAUCUAUUGCAACAGCAUUCAAGUUCAAGUCAAUGAUGCGUGCUCCACUGCAUGGGUUUGCAUUCUGGUUUGAUGUUGAAUUCAGUGGCCCAGCUCUAUAUCCUGCCAAUAACCACAUACCAUCUGUAGUUCAUCAAAUUGAUGGUUGCCAGAAGAAAAAACGUGCCAAUCCAAAUGAAGCACUUGUGCUGUCCACAGCACCUGAAGACCCACCAACACAUUGGCAACAGACAUUGAUAUACUUUUAUGACCCUAUAGAAGUGGAGCAAGAUCAGCUAAUUGAAGGCUCUCUAGUACUUUCACAAAGCAAAGAAAAUGCUCGAUUCAUGAAUAUUCACCUUGAAUAUGCUUCAGGUGGUCGAUCCUUUGUGAAAGAGUCAGUGAUGCGGUGAUCCUUUGAAAGAAAGUGCUCCUUAUUCUUCUUACAUUGAAGCCUUACGAGUUGUUGCAAGUGUCAACAUGGAAAUUUCAUGCAUGUAAUUCUCAGCAGCAGUUUGCCUUUUACAUGGACUGCUUUAGCUGACAGUGUGGAAGAGGCUCAAUCUCAUUAACUUUUACCAAAUCGAACCUCAAGAAGAGACACACCAUUUAUUUCACUAAUUAUAAAUCACUAAUGUAGGUGAACCAUUUUAGGGAAUUUUCUUUUUAAUCGUGCCAAGUGUUUGUUUAAUUGCUGGAUGAGUUGUAUUUUUUAUUUUAUUUUUAUGUGAUAGGUAUAAGCUAUAGGGCAAAUGGGUCACUAGUUUGUGAGUUAAAAAAUUUGUUAUUUGUGAUGUCAAUUUUAUUUAAGGCCGUUAGUUCCAAAUGGUGUGUGUAUAUACACCAGCCAGGAACUUGUUGGGAUGUUGUAACAAAAAUUGUACUCUUUCACCAUUUCAAUCUAUUUGCUGAUAUAUUGUGAGUUUUG